AUGUCAGAUUGCGCGCUGGUGUCCAAUGUAAGCGAACACGAUGCGAGUAUGGACGUGGGGAACGACAAGUCUCUAUUUGAGCCCUCUGUUGAAAUGAUGGUAAAUGACUUUGAUGACGAAAGAACAUUAGACGAAGAAGAAGCUUUGGCGGCAGGAGAGCAACAAGACCCUAAAGCCGAACUUAACAGCCUUCAGCGUGAAGGUGAUAUGCCAUUGGAAGAAUUACUAGCACUGUACGGAUACGAUAAAACUAUGGAUAACAAGCAACCCACUCCCGAGCAGGCCCCUGAGGUGGUCCCUGAGGAAAUUGAGAAACCAGAGUCAGCGUUACAGCAGUUAUACAGUGAGACUACUAGUCCGGAAGCCACAAGAUGCCUUAGGUCUGGCUCAAGACCGCCUUCUGAAGAAGAAGAUGACUAUGAUUACAGUCCCGAUGAGGAUGACUGGAAGAAGACUAUAAUGGUAGGUAGUGACUACCAGGCUGCAAUACCUGAAGGUUUAUGCAGCUAUGAUGACGCAUUACCUUAUGAAAAUGAGGACAAGUUGUUGUGGAACCCAAGCAUGUUAGAAGAAAAAGUUACAGAGGACUAUAUGAAGAAAAUCUGUGCAAUGAACUCUGGGACAGGUGUAGAUGCCGUCCCUCGAGGGAGACAACUACGAGAUGAUGAGGAAGCCCUAUAUCUACUGCAACAGUGUGGUCACAACGUAGAGGAAGCAUUGAGGCGGCGGCGCAUUUCAGCCCAAACUCCUGCUCAUGCAAGUCUUUGGUCAGAAGAAGAAUGUCGCAACUUCGAAAAUGGCCUUAAAGCCCAUGGCAAGGACUUCCAUUUGAUCAGACAGUAUAAAGUGCGGACACGACUACAUGGACAGAUUUUUGGAAGAACAGGAGCUUCAGGUGCUGGUGUAGUGAGGCCAGUCUCUCCGUCUCCAAUGAUGGAAUUUGGUCCCUCUCCAGCCACACAGCCUGACCCCUUGGCUUUAGGUGAAAAUGAGGUGUUUUCCCAGCUAAACACCCACACACCACCUCCACGGGCCCUGUCCAUGGAGGAUCCGGAACCUCCAACUGGUUCCUAA